AUGGGACACCAUGACACCAACGGAUCAUCUUUUUGGCAUUUUUAUAGUUCUUGGGCUGAGAUAUCUUCCCGUUCUAAUAAUGUCAUAUCAAAAAUCCCCUUUUUGAAGCGUGAUGAAUUCCCUUUCAAAAUUGACAAUUUCUCUAAUCACAUUUCCAUACCAAAUGAAAGAAUCAAUAGCAAUAGCACACAUGAUCCACCAGUAUUGCAAGAAAAGAUAUUUCAUUUUACGAAAGAAAGUAUAGCCAAGCUAAAUUCUAAGGCCAAUGUUGAAAUGAACACCACCAAGAUAUCUUCUCUUCAAGCUGUGUUAGCUCAUGUUUGGCAAUCCGUUAUCCGUUGUCGUAAUCUGGAUCACAACGAAGAGACUACUUUUGAGGUACCAAUUGACAUGAGGAAAAGAUUGAAUCCUCCUUUACCGGAAGGAGUUUUUGGAAAUGCAAUUUACCCUGCUACCAUAACGGUGAAGACAGGAGAGCUACUGGAGCACGGAUUCGAAUGGGCUGCUUUACAAAUAAAUGAGAUGCUUGCUUCUCAUUACCAUGAAAAGUUUAAGUGCAUAUACGAGAAUUGGAUGAAGGAUCCUGAGGUAACAAAAUUGGGUGAUUUGCCAAGUAAUUACUUUAUGCUGCACAACUCUCCGCGAUUCAAUUUUUAUAAGUAUGAUUUUGGUUGGGGAAAGCCAAUUGCACGUAAAAGUGAAGGGUCAAACAUGUUUGAAGGGAAAAUUACUGUGUCACCUGGACUAGAAGAAGGGAGCAUGAUUUCAAUUAUUUCUUGUUAUAUUAUUAUUAUGCAUGAAUGA